CGUAUAGAUACAGUUUGUGAAUGGUUCUUCAAACAACAAAACAUGGAAGAAGUAGUUGAGAAAACUAGUAGCACAAUUCUCUUUCGACAAUUAUCAGCAGAAUCUGGAUCUUUGGUAACAGUAUCUGAUUUAAUUGCUUCUUCGAACAGUCGGGCUCCUAAAAUUGUAGAUUUGAAAAUUAAAGAUGAGGUGAAAGAUAGUAAUAAUAAGGAAAAAUCAACAAACAAUGAGCCUAAUUCUGAUGCAUCACCAAUACCAAUUUCAUCUCAAAUGAGUAAAACAGAAAAAUCCCUUUUCAUGGCUGAUUUACAAAAAAAACUAGCCGCAAUAGAGCUACCAACGAAACCUAAACCACCAACAAAACCUAAACCACCACUUAAACCUGAUAGUGACAGAUGCAUUUCAUACAUUGAUAUGACCCAUACAAAAUCUGAUGAAACGAAAUCACCUCAAAAUUCUGAAAAGAAAAAAGACAUUGAUGGGGAAACACCAGUUUAUGAGAUUAUGACUUCCCCAAAAGUUAAUAACAUAUACGAAAAUGUUGAUUCCAAGGAAUUUUUAAUUUCUGAGAUGUUAGCAGAUCCUGAACUGCCAGUAGUAAAAAAAUCUCGGAUUAAGGAUAAUGAUAGUAAAUAUCGAAAAGACCAGUAUAUGCCCAUAUACGAGGAUGUAGUGAUGAGGUCAGAAACAAAUGAUACUCCUGUAGCUCUAAUGAAAGCCCUUCAUAUAAAGCCACAGAUUUCUUCAGAAGUCAGCACAGACGCAGAAUCAAGCAAAUUAAACGUCAAAGACGAUAAAAUGGCUACUUUGCGUCCCAAAUCACCAAAACCAAUAAUUGCUAAAAAUGACAAAGAGGAAUCUUUCUGGGAUAAAAUUGGAACAUUGGGACGUAAGAAACGUAUUAAGGAAGUUCAAGAAGUACAAGAAGAAGGAAAGUUUGCUAUAGAUUCUCCAGGAUUUGCUGUUGUUCCAACUAUAUCUCCUGAAGACUAUGACCUCGAUGAAAAUGAGGAACGUUCAGUCAUUAUGCCAAAAGCCUUUGAAGAUCCGAAACUGCGUGAGUUGAUACAAGUUCUCAUUGAUUGGAUUAAUGAUGAAUUAGCUUCGCAAAGGAUAAUUGUACAAGAUCUUACUGAAGAUUUAUAUGAUGGCCAAGUUCUCCAAAAACUAUUUGAGAUGCUAACAGGACAUAAAUUAGAUGUUCCUGAAGUUACUCAAUCUGAGGAAGGACAGAAGCAAAAACUGUCUGUUGUUUUAUCACAUUUCAACAGGGUACUGGGACUAGGUUAUAACCAUAACAAAUGGAAUGUUGAAGUAAUUCAUUCUAAAAGCAUUGUCCCAAUUCUUCAUCUCUUAGUGGCAUUAGCUAGGCAUUUUAGACCACCUGUUCGUCUACCAGAGAAUGUCUCAGUUUCUGUUACAGUAGUACAAAAGACACAAGGUCAGCUAACACAUCGUGUAGUGCGAGAGGUGAUAACAUCUGAAUAUUCUGAUGUUGGAAUGAGAUGUGAAAGAGAUGCUUUUGAUACUUUGUUUGAUCAUGCUCCUGAUAAACUGCAAGUUGUCAAGAAGUCGAUGGUUACUUUUGUAAAUAAGCAUCUGAAUAAACUGAACCUUGAGGUUACUGAAAUUGAGAGUCAGUUCCAUGAUGGAGUAUACCUAAUUAUGUUAAUGGGCUUAUUGGAGGGAUUUUUUGUACCCUUAUAUAGUUUCUUCCCUACACCAAAAGACCAUGAUCAAAAAGUGCACAAUGUUUCAUUUGCUUUUGAACUGAUGGAAGAAGUAGGUCUGGCCAGACCAAAAGCUAGACCAGAAGAUGUUGUUAACUUGGAUCUGAAAUCAACUCUUCGUGUUUUAUACAAUCUUUUUAACAAGUAUAAGUCGCUACUUUGAAAUAUGCCAUUCUAUUGAAUAAAAAUGAAUGUUUUGAGGUAAUACUGCUAAUAUAUAAAUUAAUAUUUCAAAUCUAGUACUUGAAUAUAUUUCCAUUUUGUUGACCAUGGUGCCUUUUUACAUAUACUAAUGUAUAAUAUUAUAUUAAUUUAUUUUAAUUGUUAUAUCCUAAUGCUAAUUAAUCUUUUUUAUUUAUAUAUAAUAAAUAUUCAUUUUAUAAUGAA